GUGCGAGGUCGAGCGCGUCUCCUUGUUGGCGGCGGCAAUUUCUAGUGCAUAUAUGCAGUGAAUUUUACCGGAAAUUCUACUCAGCAUGUCGAGCGACAGUGAUGCGUCCCUCGUCCUCCCCACCCCCUCCGAGUUUCCCUCCUUCCCCUACCCCCAGCCGUACCAGAUCCAGCUCGACCUCAUGCGUCACCUCUACGAAGUCCUCGAAAGCAAGAAAAUCAGUAUAGUAGAGAGUCCCACAGGCACGGGCAAAACCCUCUCCCUUCUCACCGCUAGCCUCACCUGGCUGCGUGACCACCAAGAUCGCGCGCGGAAGGCGCACGCGCUGGAGGUGGCCGGUAACGCGAAGAAGAGCACGCCGCAGUGGGCGAUCGACCAGGCGGUGGCGCGCAAGAAACGAGAGCUGGAGGCAAGGGAGGAGGAGAGGGAGGAGCGGAUGAAGAAGGCGCGCGCAAAAGAGGCGAAGCUGAGGGCGAAGGUGGUGCAUAUGAAGAAGAAGCAGAGAGUGGAAGGAGCGGAGGGUAACAAGACCAAGUCGUCGAUCAACGAGGCGCGAUAUCUGCCUUCGGAUGAUGAGGAUGCGGAGGAUGAGGAUGGAAUGUCGAAAGAGGUUCGGGCGCUGUUCGCGAAGAUCGAAGCCAGCCGGAACACCUCCCGUAUAACGGAGGAAGACGAGGAAGCCCUGAAGUGCACCAAGAUCUACUACGCGUCGCGUACGCAUAGUCAACUGUCGCAAGUUCUGCCGGAGCUGCGACGGGUGGACGAGCGGCGGGCGUCUUGUAGUUCAUCUGCCUCGGACGACUCUCGGCCAGAGAACACGAACGGUAAGCCUGCACGCGAAGGCGGCAAACGAGCUCGCGAAGAGGACGACGAGGUCCGCUACUACACUACUACACGUGCCGUGGCGCUGGGUUCGAGGAAGCAGCUUUGCAUCAACGAUACGCUGCUCAAGGGCAAGCGCGUUGACUUGGACGAGGCAUGUCGAGCGAUGUUGGCAGAGAAGAAAGAGAAGCGCUGCCCUCACCUUCCGUCGCAAGAAGAGGAAGCAGCGAUGCUAGACCUGCGAGACCAAAUACUGGCCACCCCGAAAGACAUCGAAGAACUCGCUGCGACCGGUCGCGCCUCUGGUAUCUGCCCGUACUUUGGGUCGCGCAAAGCUAUCGAUCAAGCGGAGCUCGUGACCCUCCCUUACAACCUCCUCUUCCAGAGAAGCGCGCGCGAAGCGCUCGGGAUUGACCUCAAGGACCAGAUUGUGGUCAUUGACGAGGCGCAUAAUGUCAUCCCCACCCUCCUCUCCCUCUCCACCACCUCCCUCCCGCUGUCCCAGAUCCGCCUCUCCCUCGCGCAAGUCACGACCUACCUGGCCAAGUUCAAGACGCGGCUGAAGCACGUGCAUGUGCUGAGCCUGCGGCGCUUGACGGUGUUCUUGGAGAGUCUGGUGGCGUGUGUGGAGGGAUGGGGUGGAGUAGAUCGUGCUGUGAGUGGUAUCGGUGCGAAGGACGCAGCUGGCGGAAUGGACGGGGUAAAGGCGAAGGAGAGCGGGCAGCGAACGGCUAGUCAGGUGCAAAGGGGCACGAAGCCCACCGCCACUCAGCCUGUAGCGAGACCUGGUCAAUCUUUCGCGAAGCCCACGCAUCCCGCCACAUCCCCAAAGACCGAGAUCAUGACCCCCAACGACUUCGUCUCCCGCCUCGGGAAAAAAGUCGAGGGCAUCAAUCUUCUCGAGGUUGAGCGGUACCUGAAGGCCAGUCGCAUCGCGAGGAAGAUCAGCGGGUAUUGUCUGGAAUUGGAGGAGGCUGCUAAGGGGGAGGAAGGGCCGGGUGGAGGGCCUGGAAGUGGGAAGAUGGAUAAGGAGAGGAGGAGGGAGUUGGCGAGCAAGAGGAAGGGCAUGGUCCCGCCGUUGCAUGCGGUGGAGGACUUUAUGGUCAGUUUGAGUGGGAUGAAUGAUGAUGGCCGCAUCUCCUUCAUUCGCAACGCCAACGGCUCGCUCGAAGUUCGCUACCAGUUGCUCAACCCGGAGCCCAACUUCGCCGAGGUUGUGGACGAGGCGAGGGCCGUAGUCCUCGCGGGAGGGACAAUGUCGCCAAUGUCCGACGUCUUCAACCAACUGUUCUCCCACGUCGCCGCCGAAAGGCUUACCAGCUUCUCCUGCGGGCAUAUCAUCCCCUCGUCCAACUUGCAAACGCUCGUCGUCACGAAGGGACCGAAGGGCGGGCCGCUGGAAUUCAAGGCAGAGAGGCAGAAGGAUCCUGUGGCGAUCGAAGAGCUCGGCCAGAUCCUGUUCAACCUCGUUUGCGUCACGCCGAAGGGCAUGGUCGUGUUCUUCCCGUCGUACAGCUUUCUCAAUGCGGCGAAGGCGGCGUGGGGGCAGUCCGGGGCGCUGGGUAGGUUGGAAGGGAGGAAGAAGAUAUUCUUCGAGCCCGAAGAGACCACCGACGUCGACAAGGUCCUGCAGAGCUAUGCUACCGCUGUACACGAAGUGGACCCCUCCCGACCCAAACCUGGUGCCCUGCUCUUCGCCGUCAUCGGGGCCAAGCUGUCUGAGGGUCUCAAUUUCGCCGACGACCUUGCGCGCUCAGUCGUGAUCGUCGGCAUGCCGUACGCGAACUUGGGAAGCGCGGAGCUAAAGGAGAGGAUGGCGUACGUCAAGCGGUUGGAGGAAAGGAGGAUUAGGGAGGGAAAGCAAGUGAGAGAGAAGGGUGCGAAGGAUGCGGCGGCGGAGCUGUAUGAGAACAUGUGCAUGAACGCGGUAAACCAGUCGAUCGGUCGUGCAAUCCGCCACCAAGGGGACUGGGCUGCUCUUGUGCUUCUGGAUCGACGGUAUGCCAAUGUUGCGAUACGGAACAAGCUGCCGAAGUGGAUUGGAAGCGGGCUUACUGUCGCAGACACGUACGGCAUGGUGAUCAAGGAGCUGGCGACGUUCUAUCGCCUGAAGAGCACAACGUGACACGCCCCUAUUGCCAUCUGUUUUUGCUAUUUACAUAUCUAUAUACCGAUGUGAUUGCUAUCUUACUGUGACCAGUAGAGGAAGUUCAACCGUG